CUACCCGGAAACAUUACAAGGGCCGGAAAGGACCAAUGUUAAGGGAGCACACGUCACUCACUUUUACCCCCCAAAAAAUACCACCACCGACCAUCUAAAUCUCCCUCGGCCGUCGAAACACUCAGCAAAAAGCUCCGUGCCGGCGCGAGCCGUUGUGAUGAGGCGGCCGCGGUGCAGCUGCGGAGCGGGCCGGCGGUGAUUCGGAGGGGGAUCGCUGUGGGCGCUCUCCCCGCUCAGCAUCAGUGAAAAUGGCUGUGGCUAACGACUGGAAAACAGCACGCAGAAAUGGAAGCGGCCGAUAGCUAGCCAGGCGGCUCGAAGAAGGCGUGCCAGGCCUCAUCCAUCCGCCGCUGUGCUCCGGAGCUGGAUGCGUAGGAUCGCCGGUUUAUUCUAAAAUGAAAGUCAAAUUAAUGUGUGCUAGAUUAUCUUCUUCAACUGCCACAGGACCUCAGUCGUCGCUGCAUUCAUCGCUUCAACUCGAGGAAACGCUGUAGGAACUUCUUGGCCGAACACGGAUGAGGAAUCUUGCAUAGGUGAAGGAAAAUAUCAACGCAGUUAUUCUCAGAGGAAGGAAGAAGAAGUCUUUUGAACUGCUUCUCAAUAAAAAAAUUAAGCAAUUUUUUUUUUUAUGAUUAGCCGGAACUCAACUACCUUUCCAAAAGACACUUUUUACCCUUUGAUCAUCAACUUAUCAUCUCAGCUACCCCACUUAUUUUGGAAGUAGACUGUGGGCAGUGAAUGAUCAACAGGAAGUAGCAGCAGCAGACUAACAAUGUUGAGAGAUGAACUUAAAAUAAAGCUCUCGUUUGAUUAGUUCUGGAUACAGAAUAGUAGCAAAGCCUCACUUUGAGGGUGACGUUUGUCUUUCACCAGUGAGUGGUGGAAUUAUUGUUGCCACCCCUAGUGCUGGAGGUUUGGCACCUGCACCCAUAUGUGCCAUUGAGUGGGAAAUGUUCCAAUUUGGAAAAUACAAUCUGGACAUUAUAGAGAUGUUAAGUGGGCACCAGGCCCACCAGUUCAAAGGCCUUGGUUUAGAUCGACAACUGCAGCAUCAGCAGCAAGUGCAACUUCACCAGCAUCAACUUCAGCAGCAGCAGCAGCAGCAGGCUGAGUCUUCUGGAGCUCUUCUGUCUGGACUUGGCUUGGGCCCCCUGCAGGGGUCUAGAGGUAACGCCUUUUCUGAUUCUGCCUCCAUUUUUGCCAAGAUGAGUGCCCCUCCUCCCCCACCUUUACAACAACAGGCUUCCUCAUCUCAGAGCUCUCGUUCAAAGUCAAGCAAGAUGAGCAGCAGCAGCAGCAGCAGCAGUACAAGUCAUUCUUCAGGCUACCCACAGUUCCUGCGCUCUUUCCACCCGUCUGAGGCAGCACUAGCACAGGAGCAGCUACACCCUGGUGUAGGCAGAUUUGAGCACUUUGCUGGGGGAAGUAGCAGUAGUGGUAGUGCUGGGGGAUUAGGAGGAUUAGUAACAUCAGCACCUCCACCCCCUCCUCCUCUACAUCCUGGCCUUUCUGUACCCCAAGCAUCACCUGGCCCUUCCUCUUCCUCUCCCUCCCCUUCAACCUCUGUGGCCACUUCUAACAACCCUCCUAGCAGCAGUGCAGUCAGCUCAUUGGGACACCAGUUAGUUGGGGCCCAGUCUGAUGCACGAAGCCUUCACCAACAGUUUAGUUGCAUGUUAGCUGCUAAUCAAUACUUUCUUUCUGGCGUGCCUGCUAAUGCUAGUUUAGAGCAGUUUCUUGUCCAACAGGGAACCCAUAACCACUUAGGGAUUGGUUUAAGUCAAACAGGUGCGGAACCUAGUACUAGCCUUGCUCCACCUCCUGCUUUGCAUUCUUCCCACUCACAUGCCCACUCCACUCCCCAAUCACAGCAGACUCCACAGCAGCCUCCCCAACAGCAACAACUUCCUCCUCACACCCUCUCUCAUCCUCACUCUCAUUCCCAUCCUCAUCAUCCUCUCCACCCAGGUUCCCAGCCAUCGUCACUGGGUAGCUUUGACUUCCAGGGCAUUCCUGUACUCUCAUCAAAUCAGAUAGCCUCUCUGAUGCAGCAGGAAGCGGGCUUGCCCCUCCCUUUGCCACUUCAUUUAUCUUUAUCAAAAGAUGAUGGCAAAGGUGAAAGUGGUGGAGGUGGAAGUAGUACCAGUAGCAGUCGGAGGAAGAAGGCUAUGGCUGGCUAUUUGCCGCAAAGAAAAUCCGAUAGUAGUAGUAAUAGCAGUAGCAACCAUGGGCACGGUGGCCACAGUGGUAAUCCCAGCACUACUAGUAAUGGAGGGCUUAGUCACGGUCAGCCUCCGGCUUUAAUUGGGAGUGGUGUUGGCCUGUCAAAUAUGGGUGGAGACCCAUCAUCCCUACUUACCUCAUCAUCUUCAUCCUCAUCAGUAGUUUCUUCCUCCUCCUCCUCUGCUCCCUCUUCCACUGCUGCCUCAGUUUUAGUUACUAAUAAUUCUCACCUUUCUAAAUCUGAUAACCAGAGCUCAAUGCAACCUAAUGCCACAGAAUCUGAUUCAGAGCCCAUUUAUAGCUGUGGAGAGUGUGGCAAAAGCUUCCCUCACCUUUCAAGUCUUCGCAGGCAUUUGCGCAUGCAUGAGCCCACAGCUGCAGGUACUAGCAAUACUGCCACUACUGGCCCUAACCCUGUUCAUAUUAAAUCACAACCUGACCCAAGCCUUCCCCACUCAACCCAAGAAACUCCUCAGCCCUCCUCCAAUACUUGUCAUAGCCCAGACAAAGUAUUUAAUUGCCCCGAUUGUAGCAAAAGCUUUAAGAAAAAAGGGCACCUCCUGCAACACGGUGUUAUACACUCGUCUGCCCGCCCAUAUGCCUGCUCCACCUGCUCUCGGGCUUUUAAUCGUAGAGAGUCACUGACACGCCAUGAGAAGAUACAUGAGGAAAAACCAUUCCGAUGUCCUGCCUGUGGUCGUGCCUUUCGCGAAAGCACCUCUCUGCUCAACCAUGCUGCCUCAGGCACCUGCGGCAAGCCAGGGAGGGGACCCAAGCAACGGGGCAGCAAGACAGGAACUGAGGGUGAGGACAGAGUUGGGGGAGGGGGUGGAGGAGGUAAUGGAGGAGGGGGAACUUAUCAGAGCAAUAGAGCGGUUAUUUAUGGGAAAACUGAGGAAGAGGAUGGUGUAAUCAUUGUGGGGGAAGGUGAACCAAAAUCAAGUUUAGGAUGUGAUGGUCUGUUUCAGUCUGGAAGGGGAGGGAAUUCAAAUGACAGGGACAGAACAGAUGGUAAAUACCCCACUGACUACUCUCGGAAUCGUUACACAGGCUACCAUGAUGACCACCGUUCUCAAGGUAAUCCAUCUCCAUGCUACUCUGGCGCCUCCCCCUGUGGAAGUGGGAUGGCGGGCCCUGCUCUGAGAAAGGCACCCUUGGCCCCAACACUGCAUCCACACUCACAGAGCCACAGCCAGCACCACCAUCCGCAGCAACAGCCCCAUCUGCCCCUUUCUUCUCUUCUGGAUGACUCAGAGGAUGAUGUCACUAGUUCUGUCAAUAAUGCAAUCUCUGCAAUAACAGCUGCUAGUAGCAGUGGAAAUAGAGGGGAUGAUAGGGGAGACAUCAUAGGAGGUCUGCUAGGUGGUCUUGGUUUAGGACCUCUGGGCUCACCGUCGUCUACAUCUGGCCUGGAUAAGAAUUACAGAGGUGGAGGGAGCCAGGAGGCAAUGAGCAGCAACACACAGAAUCCUCCUGCCAAACCAAAACGCCCACGCAAGCCGAGAGCUAAGAAGGAUCCUGCUGCUGGCGGACAGCCCCCCAAACGUAGGCAGUACACCCCCAGAAUGGGUCCUAGUGGGCUCCCACGCACUCACCUCUGCAGUGUCUGUGGAAAGGGAUUUGCACGCCGCGAGACCCUACGCAGACAUGAUCGGAUCCAUACUGGAGAAAAGCCCCAUCACUGCACUGUUUGUGGAAAGUAUUUCAGAGAGGCUUUUCACCUUAGCAAGCAUCAAACGGUCCACUCCGGGGCAAAGAAUUACAAAUGCAGCAUUUGUGGAAAGGAGUUUGGUUACUCCCAGAGUCUCAGGAGGCACAGUAAACUUCAUCAGAAAGGGGAGCUAGAAGAGGUGCCCACAACACCUGCUCCAGAAAACCUUAACAGCUUUAAUCCAAAUCCUCAAUGUAGCGUGGCCCAAGACAGGAGCCAGAACCAAGCACCAAGCACCUCCUCCUAUUACUCCUACCCUCAAGAUGUCAAGCCUCAAGAAACCAACCCCCAGCCACAGCCUCAGCCUCCACCUGAACCACAGCCGCCACCACCGCCUCGACUUUACACCUGUGCUAUAUGUUGGAAAUCGUUCCGCCAUCACUUCCAUCUGACUGCCCAUCACCAGACGGUUCAUGAAGGGGGGGGUGAAAAGCUCUUCUGCUGUGAGGUAUGUGGCAAAGCGUUUGCUUACUCCAAUAGCCUUACUCGACACAGGCAGUCCCAGCAUGGGAUAACCCGGUCUGAAUCAUCCAACCAGCAAGAAGGCAGUGGUGGGUCUGGGGACAACAGAAGUGGGAGUGAUGUCAAUCAGUCAGCGUCUGAGAGCGAGGCUGCCACUAAUGCUCUGUUACAGAUGGCUCCUUCUACUGAAGGUCAUGGAGGGCAGAGUCUCAGCGUUGUAACUCAUAGCCACCAACAAGCAACCCAACAACCAACAGCUGGUUAUUCUCCCCUGUUUUAUGACAAUGUGGCAGCCCAAACCUCUGCCUCUAGUGCCCCGUCUUACUCACAGCCCCUACCUCCUAAUUCUACCGUCAUGCCCCCCCAGCAUCCGCAUUCCCCGGCCGGGGUGAAAGGAGAGCAUAUAUAUCCAGCUGGAUCCCGUAGUCGUACACUUCAUACUACAGCCCCGUUCCAGCCCCUCACGGAACUGCCCUCCACUGAACAUCAUCAUCUGCAUCACCAUCAUCAUCACUCCCACCAUCAUCUUCAUCAUCAGUCAGGUACCCAGUCCCACCAACACCUUGACUGCAGCAGCCAGUCGUCAAAUGAUGAAAUAAGACGGCACAAGAAGAAAAAAAAAAAGUCCGACAGGAAAGAGUGGAGGGAAAAUAAGUGGGAAUCCCAAGAUUUAGUCAGGAUUGAUGGAAUCAAAAAGAAGAAAAAGAUAAGUUUUACAGUAAGAGGCCAGUCGAGUAAAAAACAAGGCUCUCUUCGUUUGACAAUUAGGCGAGGAGGAGAAUCAGGUGGUGGUGGGUAUAAGCUUGUCAACUCUGGUGGAAUGAAGGUACAGAUCCUGUCGUCUCUCAAAGUCCCUGUGAAACGUUAUGGCUGUCCCAUUUGCCCCAAUGCUGUGUUUUCCCGUAAAGCGGGACUGCUGGUUCACAUGGCAGUAAAGCACCCACGAAAAGCCUUGAGCUCUCAGCAGCGACUACGGUGCAGUGUAUGUGGGAAGCAGUCUCACCGGCCGUUGGCAGCAUUCAUUCAUCGGGCCUCCCAUCGUGCCAGAGGGUCUUUCUCCUGCCGACGCUGCUCCGCACGCUUUUGGAAUGCUACGCUCCUUCACAGGCACAAGGUGUCCUGCCGCCGCAGGGCCAAGGGACUGCAGAGAGGAGACGCCAAAAGGCUGAAGCUUGCAAAAAGACCAGGAGAAAGACAAACCAGUGAGAGUCACGAGGAGAUGUCAUUCCUACAGGGACCAUACCGAUACUGAGACUCCUGGUAUCUGAAAAGAGUGGCAUCCAAGAGGAACAUUUCAGUUCUUAAAUGGAAAAGUGAAAGGAAAAAAGGGACUUGGAAAGGCUUCCUUAGCCUUCAGGAGGAUUUGCCUCAUUUCUCUGGUGCAUCUACUCUGCUGACUAUUAGAAUGAGUGUGUUAACAACUACUGUAGAGUGUCCUAUAAAAGUGUCACCAGAAUUUCUUCCAGAUUAUUUUGGAAGGUGUUUUCAAAGAUGUGACUGUUUCCAUAGGAUCAUUAAUUAACCCCUUAAGUGCAUUGACACUAUGCUUGGCUGACACUGUGCAGUUAUUAGACAAGUUUAGGUGAAAUGACCUGCUAAUGUAUCUCUCUCCCCUUAACUAGAAUUCCUGCUACACCUCUUGCUGUAUGAUAAACGUCUCUGCUGUGUAAUUUGUCUUGUUGUUGUUCACUUAGAAGCUCUGAGGAUUUUUAAAAAAAUGUAAAGUGCAUUUAUUAGGAGUAGGGACAUGAGGACAACAACCUUGGUUGAUAGUUUGUCAGUGCAUGUUUGUUCUCUGGUCAAGUUUUUUGCUGAGGUGAUAUCACUCCUACAGUAUGUGAUGGUUUAUUCAAUAUAUCCCCUGAAGUUUGUAGUGUAAAUUUGAUUUUAAACUUACUCUCUAUUCCCUUGUGAUUUAAUCACUUAUAGAUGAAAUGUCAAAGUUGCUGGUAAUUAGUAUUACAAGGAUCCCUCUCCUGCCAAAAGGAAGAAACUUACAAGAAGCCUUGCUUAUGAUUUUCACUUUAGUUCAUUUAUUUAAAAUAUUCCUAGCUUUUAUACCAAGAGAUUGAAAACAGGUUAAACAAGUGGACUGUAACACAUGUUUAUCUCACGUUAUUUGUAUGCUCUUUUUAGCGGUGAUUAUUUCUACAGUACUUCACGUGUGUAAAAACAAGGACCUAUCAUAGAAACAAAUGUAAUAUUCCAUGUAUUUAUGUGUAACCCAAUCAGUCUUUAUGCCAAUCUUAUACUCACCCCUUCUACCUUUUUACUUUUUGCUGAGUUGCAAUCAUACUCUCACUGUCAAGCAUUUUUUUUUCUUCUAAAGAAAGAUGAAUUUUAAGAACAUCUUGUCACUUUAUUCACUUCUGAAAUGUCCAUACACCUGUCAGUCCUUGUUUUCUUUCUUCUAAAGAAACUUAGUUUUAGUAGAUUUUUAUCACAUUAUUUACUGAUAAGUCAGUAGUUCAUUAUAUUUCAGCGAUGAAUAAACCUUAAGUGUAAUAAUUUUGCUUUUCUUUUGUUUCUGUUACUGAAGUCACUGACUGCAAUAUCAAUGGAAUGGUACAAAAUGCUAAUCAAUUAACAUGAGUGAAUUCAAACUGUUACCAAAGUCAGUAUUGAAGUUUAACAGCUAUAUUUUGACUUGUGUUAUUACUAUCACUGUGUGGAUUAAGUGGAUAUCAGGAUGUAGUCACUAUACCAAUAAAUUUAAUUAAAGUGCUUAGACUUACUAAUGUUAUUGGCCAGGUUUCUCCAGGGUAAUGAAUGGUUUUCAAUAAUCAAAAUUCUCACGAUAUAUUUUCACUAUGCUUGCAAUAAAAUGGCUGUGGUAACCUUUCA